AGCUUUCAUGUGUCAUGUGGAGACACUGAUGGAAAUCAGUUUAAAGGAAUUGAUUUAGAAGGUCAAAUAUAUUAUGUGGUCUACUGUAAAACGCAUCAAAAGGAUCAUGCUGCUAUUAUGGACAUUUUGG